AUGUCCCACCACCAAAGCCAGAAAUCCAAAGUGUUAGCAAGAGUGAGUGCUGCAGCACGAUUUGAGAUGGAUAAUCAAACAGAUGUCACUGAAUUCAUCUUCUUGGGAUUUUCCAACCACCCCAAUUUAAAAGGGUUAUUCUUUCUGAUCUUCUUGGUCAUUUACCUGACAACUCUUCUGGGGAACAUACUCAUAAUUACAGCUACUAGGGUCAGUUCUUCACUCCAAACUCCAAUGUAUUAUUUUCUCAGCAACCUCAGCUUCUUGGACAUCUGCUACACAUCCACCACCAUCCCAGUCAUGCUAGUGAAUUUCUUCCGUGAGAUAAAGACUAUCUCAUACGAGGGCUGCCUUUCCCAGAUCUUUUUCCUCGUGACCUGUGCAGGCACUGAGGGUGUCUUAUUAGCAGCUAUGGCUUAUGAUCGCUAUGUAGCCAUCUGCCACCCUCUUCGAUAUCCGGUCCUCAUGAGCAUGAAGGUCUGCGUAUGUUUGGUGACUAAGUCAUGGUUGUGCGGGCUAGUGAAUUCCCUCACACACACAGUGCUGGCAGCCACCCUCACUCUGUGUGGACCCAACCAGAUCAGCCACUUUCUCUGUGACAUCCCACUGCUCCUGAAGCUCUCCUGCUCAGACACCUCUCUUAAUGAGGCUGUGCUCCAUGCAGCCAGUGCCACCAUUGGACUGAGCCCCUGCCUGUUUACCGCAGUGUCCUACAUACUCAUCCUCUCUGCCAUCCUGAGGAUUCCCUCUGCUCAGGGCAGGAGAAAGGCUUUUUCUACCUGUGCUUCCCACCUCACUGUGGUGGUGGUUUUUUUUGGAAUGGCCAACUUCAACUAUGACAGGCCCAAUGUAGGCUACAACCUGGACAUUGACAUUCUGGUUUCUGUACUCUUCUGCAUUAUUACUCCUAUGCUUAACCCCAUCAUUUACAGCCUGAGAAACAAGGAAGUCAAGGGGGCCAUGAAGAAGCUGGCUGGAGAACUGAGAUUCUCUAGAAAGAUUAAUGAUUAA